AUGUCGCCGUCGCAGUCCGUCACAGCAACAACCUAUACCAGCAUACCCAUUUCGGUCUCGGGCUCCGACGCCAUCACCCGAUCCAUCAAAAACCUCAACGACGCCGUUUCCCGCCGCCGUCCAUGGUCCGAAUUCGCCUCCUCGAUCUCCCGACCCGACUCCUUAUCCUCUGCCCUGACCAGGAUCCAGACCAACGCCAACCACUUCCGGGUCAACUACUUGUUAUUGAUCGGAUCCUGCGGGGUGCUAUCCCUCAUCGGGAGCCCGUGCUGGCUUCUGGUGACGGUGGCCGUCGUGGGGUUGUGGCUGGUGAUCUAUGUUUUUAGGGAGGACCCACUUGAGGUGUGGGGCCACCACGUCAGUAAUUGGGCCGUGAUGGCGGGCCUGGUGGUUGUUUCUGUUUUGGUUGCUUGGGCCAGCGGUGGGCUUGGGAGUAUUGCAUUGGGCCUUGGAGUUGGGCUUAUGUUGUGUGCGGUGCACGGGCUGCUUACGAACACAGAAGGCUUGUUUCUCAACGAGACCGAAGCUGCUUCUCAGGGAUUGAUUGGGCCCACAUCUUCAUCAGUCUAA